AUGUCCUGGUCGCUGCACCGGCUCAAGGUGCUCAUCGGCGUCGCAAUCGCAGCCACUCUCCUCGCCCUCGUUCUGUUCGCAUCGCCAGCCAGCAACGCCAACAAGACCACCGGCCUCGACGCCUCAUCCGGAUCCGAAUCCCAGUCGAGCGGAUUCAGCUCAACGAACGGAGGCGCCAACGUCCAGGCCGAGGACCGCAUCAUUGCCGAAGCAAAGCGCAUCCUCGCUGCUCGUGGCCAGCGCCUCACCAUCGAGUCCGAGUCCGAGUCCGAGCCCGAGCCCGAGGCAGAGCCCGAGACAGACUCGAACAACGACAACAACAAGAAGAAGCCGGACGCAGCCAAACCUGCCGAGCCAGAGCCAGAGCCAGAGAAGAAACCCGAACCCAAGCCCGAGCCAGACCCAAACGCACCGCCGCGUCGCCUCACGCUCGUCGAGCGGCCCCCGCUGCCGGGACCGGACGUCGUCUUCCCGCAAAAGUUCAGGUUCGACGUGCCCAAGAUUGCCAGCAUUGGCACAACGCCUGGCGCGCGCUUCCGUGUGCAGGGCACUGGCAAGUUCUCGGCCGACCUGCCCCAAGCCAUCGCCGCCACCGCCGCCGCAAACUCGGACAAGCCAAUCUUUGACAACACGGUCUUCUUUUACAUGGCAGGACACAUCCGAACCCUCUUCCACACGGGCCAAGGGCUGCAGGACUUUUUCGCAUCGGCCAAGGUCCCGUACCUCGUCUUCCAGCACACUUGGUCGGAGACCGACCACAAGGAGCUGACCUGGUGGCACGGUGCAGAGGAUGCUGCCAAGCCGCCUGCGCCGUACAGCGUCACCAACCCGGGCCCGACGGAAACCUUCCUGCUCGACUUGCAACUCCCCUUUGUCAAAAACCUCGUCACCAUGGUCGAGGACGACGACGUUGUGACAAAGUCCGGGCGCAUGAAGGUUGGCCGAACCAUUCUGGAAGGCACCAACCCUCGCAUCCUCGCCAGCUACUUUUACACGCUGCGCCAGGUCCACGCCCUCGCUCUCGAGUACGUCAAGACCAAGACCGGGCACGAAAUGGCCUCGGAUGCCAUCAUCUUCCGCCUUCGCCCGGACUUGACCAUCUUCCCAACAGACAUGGAGGGCGUUCGCACCGUUCUCCAGCGCGACCCCAACACCUUCUUUGGCACUUGCCAUGGCCAAUGGGACAACUGGCGCAAGUACCUCCUCUCCGACCUGUUCUUUGCCACAACCCGCCAAGUCCUCGACAAGCUCGCCGCCGUCAACAUCAUCCAGUGGCUCGAGGACAAUGCCCAUGAUGCUGAGAUGCAAAAGGUGCCCGAGCGAUCCUUCCGCUUGCUACUCGAGGAAAUUGGUGUCAAGCUGAUGUGGAUUGACAGUGGAAUUAUUCUCUGGCGCGGCCCUCAGAAUUCUCUCGUGCUGCCCUGCCCAGCUGUGCCCUAAGUCGCCGCAUUGUGUUUGUUUGUUUCGAUGUUGUGGCUUCGUGUUUUGUUGUUGGGGGGUGUUUUUGUUUGUUUGUUUUUUUUGUCUGUUUUUUUUGUCUACUUGCAUGUCCCAAGAACCCGCACGAGUUUGGGGCUUCAUUUGCCCUCGACGUUUGGUACACUUUGUAUUCUGCUUGUGUGUGUCAUGGACGCCAAGACCGGUGCCACAUCGUAUUGUAUUUCAGUGCUCGUUCGUUUGUGUGAGUUUUGUGUCACUCGUUGAU